AUGUCACCUGACGGAGAAUUGGUUCCGGCGGAUUCAUCGGCGGUUGUAACGGCGAAGAGGAAGACAUCACAGUCGUCGCGGAGUUGGAUUUCAAUAGACGCGACGGGGCAAAAAACGGUGCUUGACGUAGACAAAUACGAGAUUAUGCACCGUGUUCAGAUUCAUGCUCGCGAUCUCAGGAUCCUUGACCCAAAUCUUUUUUACCCUUCUGCUAUUCUUGGUCGAGAGAGAGCCAUUGUUCUUAACUUAGAGCAUAUCAAGGCGAUUAUCACUGCCGAAGAGGUUCUGCUUCGAGAUUCGUCGGAUGAAAAUGUUAUUCCUGUCUUGGAGGAGCUUCAGAGACGUUUGCCUGUUGGAGACGAGGCACACAAUGAAGGGGAUGAAGAAGAUGAAUCACCGUUUGAAUUUCGGGCGCUAGAGGUGGCUUUGGAAGCUAUUUGUAGCUUCUUAGCUGCAAGGACAACGGAAUUAGAGACGUCUGCUUAUCCUGCUUUGAAUGAACUUACCUCAAAGAUAAGUGGCCUUAACUUGGAAAGGGUUCGUAAAUUGAAGAGUACCAUGACCCGAUUGACAGCUCGGGUCAUAAAGGUAAAGGAUGAGCUCGAACAAUUGUUGGAUGAUGACGAUGAUAUGGCUGAUCUAUACCUCACAAGGAAGCUUGCUGGUGUAUCUUCAUCGAUUAGCGUUUCUGAUGAACCCCCUUGGCAUCCUACGUCCCCAACGAUAGGUUCUAAGAUUUCCAGAGCAAGUAGAGUGAGUUUAGCCACUGUUCGUGGGGACGAUGAAAAUGAUGUAGAAGAACUUGAAAUGUUGCUCGAGGCAUACUUCAUGCAAAUCGACAACACUUUGAACAAAUUAACCGCGAUACGCGAGUAUAUCGAUGACACAGAGGAUUACAUUAACAUCCAGCUAGAUAACCAUAGAAAUCAACUCAUUCAGUUAGAGCUUAUGUUAAGCUCUGGAACCGUAUGUAUAUCAAUGUACUCGAUGAUCGCGGGAAUAUUCGGCAUGAACAUUCCGUACACAUGGAAAGACGACCAUGGAUACAUUUUCAAAUGGGUCGUCAUUCUCACUGGAGCAGUUUGUGCAGUCUUCUUCGUGAUUAUACUGUCGUACGCUCGGUUUAGAGGGCUCAUUGGAUCUUGA